AAGAAGUUAGCUGUAUACAACAAGAUGCAGGAGUCUCUGGAAGUGACCCUUCCCAGCAAGCAAGAGGAGGAUGAGAAAGACCAGCCUGCUGAGAUGGAGUACCUUAACUCUCGCUGCGUCCUUUUCACUUACUUCCAGGGAGAUAUUGGUUCAGUUGUGGAUGAACACUUUUCAAGAGCUUUGAGCCAAGCCAGUAGCUUCAAUCCAGAAACUGCCCUUACCAAGAGCAAGGCAGGGCUAAGUCCUCUGUGGAGAGAAAGCUCAACAAUUUCAAGCCAAAGGAGCAGUUUCCCAACUUCAUUUUGGACCAGCUCUUAUCAGCCUCCACCUCCACCAUGCUUAAGUGGAGUACACCACGAUUUCCCCGUUACUGCACCAGGCACCUUCUCAGCACCAGAUCCCAGCAGCUGGCCAGGACACGGCCUUCAUCAGACUGCCCCACCUCCUCCCCCUGCUGCAUCCGAAUCCUGGCAUUAUCCUUUAGCAUCUCAGGUGAGCCCUUCGUAUGCACACAUGCAUGACGUGUACAUGCAUCGCCAUCACCCUCAUCCACACAUGCACCAUCACCAUCCCAGCUCACACCGUGACCCCCGGUACGGGUCCCUGCUGAUGCCUUCAGUCCGUGCAGCCAGGAUUCCUGCUCCCCAGUGUGACGUGACAAAGACAGAUCCCACUGCUGUCACCAGCGCUACCUCAGCAUGGGCUGGAGCCUUUCAUGGAACGGUGGACAUUGUGCCAAGUUUUGGGUUUGACACAGGUCUACAGCAUCAGGACAAGAACAAGGAAACUUCUUGGUUCUGAAGCUCAGAUAAAUUAAGACCAGCUAGAGCUGGAGUCAGCGCAGCUGGGCGGGUGAUAUAAGAGUCGUUGACUCCUCCAUGGGGCAAAGGACACACAUGAAGAUGAAGAGCCAACCAUUCUGGUUUUGCUAUUGAGCCUUUUGUUUGUAAGGCCGUUUAUGGGUCCCACAGUGUUGGAAAAAAACAAAACCCUAACUUUUCUUUCUUUCCUCAUCUGAGCCUGCUGCAGCUGGGCAACCUAACUCCUUUCUGCUCCUUUAACAGUGUUUCGUUUUGUUCAGCUUGAUAUUUUUUGAACAGUCUCAAUUGUCAGGAAAAAGACUCUCCGUUGACUACAGUGCGCCUCCUUUCAGGAAUACAGUAUUUUGUAGCUCUUUGUGCGUCUAUUUUUGUAGAAAUACAGAAAGUUUGGGUAAGGAUCGAUGGGCUAUUUUAGGAUGACAUAUUUUUUUAAAAAAAAAUUGUAAAAUUGUUAAGUUCUGUUUAAAGAACUUGCUCUCAGAGAAGCACUGGCAAAAAAAAAAGUAUAAAAUGCUAUUUUUAGAUGUCU